CACAGUGCUGACUAACUCCCUUAUUUAUCAAGAGAUGACCUCAGAUCUACAUACAAUAAUCACCCAGCCUAACACUCACUCCCACACACUCUCUGUGUACCCAUCUCUCUAAAUGUAAGGUGUAACUAGCUCGAAGUUGUUUAUCCCCAACCAUUGGCCCCAAAAUGUCUGCCCAUCAUCACCCCUCCCUUCUAGAGAUCUGAUAGAAAACACAUGCCUAUCUGGUUGAUGCAAAAGGUUUGUCUGCCCACUGGGUGGAGGAGAAAUAGUUGACCCUCCCCUUUACACUUAAGCAUUUGAUGCCAGCAGAUGUCAUAGACUACAUCCUAACAGACGCGGCUGGUGUACUGACCUUUUUAUUUUCUAUUUUCGUCUUCUUUAAUCUCAACAACUUUUGCCGAAGCAAAUUGACUUAAACUUUUCUUUCUUUCCUCUUGCUUUUGUGCUUUGUCAUUCAGUCCUAAAUUCACUGGACUCCCUUAUCUUUUUCCCUUCCUCUCCUAGUGAUGAAUUACUACCUGAUGCUCAGCAACAGUCAUGGAGAAGGUGUUUUGUCUCGGUACCAGAGCCUGCGUCUGGAGGGUCGAAUGUGUGAUGUUGUUUUGAAGACAGAAGGUGUGGAGUUCCCUGCUCAUCGCACUUUGUUAGCAUGUUCCAGCGACUACUUCUGGUCUAUGUUUCAGGAAUACACUCUGGAAUCCGCUGCCCGUAUUAUCAGCUUGCCAGCCUUGUCAUCUCUGGGCCUGGAGCAGAUACUGGACUUCAUCUAUACCUCAUGGAUCUCACUGUCACUCUCCACUUUGGAGGUCACACUACAGGCUGCCUGCUAUCUACAGAUCACCCAUGCCGUGGAUCUUUGCACUCGGUACAUCUCUGAAAGCAUUGCUCCUGACAACUGCUGUUUUUUUGCGAACAUAGCAGCUCGCUACGGCCUUUCUGAAGCAUUCGAUGACUGCAACUCUUUUAUUGGCAGUAACAUGUGCAGAAUACUUACAUCUGAGGAAUACAAGGCUGAGCUAAUGGUGUUAAACAUAGAUUCUCUGCAAGAGGUGCUCGUAGUUGAGGAGAUGCCGGGAGUGAAGGAGAUAGACCUUCUACAGCUGGUUUUGGACUGGCUAGAGUGCAACCCACAAUCUUCCUUGCAAAGUAACGCAUUGCUCAGUCGGAUCCGAUUUGGUUUGAUUCCACCUAAAGAGCUGUCUCAACUCAGUGCACUGAAACAUGCUCUACGGACACCCUUCGUCCACAGUGUAGUGGAGAAAGCACUUAACUACCACCUUCAGGUUCCCCUACAGCCUCUACUACAAAGUGUCCACACCAGCUUAAGAGCCACAAAGAGCAAGAUUCUUCUGGUGGGAGGAGGACAAGAGGAAAACAGGCCCAAGAAUCAGAUACUAACCUACGAACCUCGCAGUAAGAAAUUCCAGGCGCUAUCAACAGCCCUGCCAAAUAAGCUACAGCACCAGGGAGUAUGUGUUGUUGGGAACUUCCUAUUCAUACUAGGUGGUGAGGUGGUGCAUGUGGAUGAGGAGAACGAGAAGAGUGCUAUGAUGACUGUGACUGACCAGGUGUGGCGCUAUGACCCACGGUUUGGGCAGUGGGAGGAGAUGGAGCCACUCUUGCAGAAGAGGGCACAGUUUGCCUGCUGUGUGGUGGAAGGUGUUAUAUUUGCUAUCGGUGGACGGGGCCAGAGGGGUGAGCCUUCUUUGUCAUCUGUGGAAAGGUACAAUAUGAGAGAAGGGUGCUGGCACAGUGGUGUAUCCCUACAAUAUUCAGUUCAUGGACAUGCCUGUGCCACUAUUGGAACAGGAAUAUACAUCUCAGGUGGCAUCCAUGUCAAUAACUUAGAGAGUAGCAAAGAAGUACUGUUUCUGAAUGCAGUUAAAGGGUAUGCCUGGCAGAGACGUUCUAACAUGUCCAUUGCCAGAUUUGGCCACCAGAUGGCAACAGCGAGAGGAAAAAUUUACACCUUUUUGGGAAUGUAUGAGCCCUUCUGUGACAUUGAACACUACAGUCCUGAGCAAGACCUGUGGACCCGUUUAAAGCCCCUACUGAAUGACCGCUUCUGCUAUGGUUUGACCGCAACAGGGGAAAGACGUGUACUUUUGUUUGGAGGCAGAAAAUGGCAGGAAGGACAUGAGGUGUGUACAACAAAUGUGCUGGAGUACGAUACGGAAUAUGAUGCUUGGAGAGAAGUGUGUAAACUACCAGGACCCUUGUGUGGGAUUCAGUGUGCCAUAAUGACUCUUCAAGACCCUCCAGAGACCUAAAAGUCAAUUACAAACACCAUCCCACAUACACACAGACAAACAGCUGGCUAUCAUGGGGCAAAGAGAGCUGAGAGAACAGGUGUUAACUUUUUGUCAUGGAUCUAUGGAUUGUAAUGUGGCAGGGAAAACAGGGUUUUUAUUUUACCUAGAUACUGUAUAGAAGACCUUGGUGGGGGUAUAUUGCUGUUAAGUGUGUUUUCCAGCAAGUAGUAAGGAGCUCCUUAACUAGGUCACUAUGAAUAGGGUAGAGAAAGUCAUGACAUUGAUAGAUGACUUGUCAUAAAGACGUUGUCCUGAGAAUUAGCAUAGAUCCUCUAAGGACACCAGAGAAAGGAUAGGAUGGAAA